CUCGCGGGGUGCUCUCUGUGAGGUGCCGCCGGGGUCCAGGGCGCCGGGCGGGAAACGAGGGAGGAGGAGGAGGAGCAGGAGGCAGCGCCGCAUCCUCCCUCCGUGAGGCGGCUGCGGGGGGCCCUGACGCGAGCAGCAUCCGUCAGCGGGAAGGCUUUGGAGGAAGCAACCGGGAACAGCGACCAGUCCCCUCACGAUGUGGACCUUUCUGGGCAUUGCCUCCUUCAUCUACGUGUAUAAAAAGUGCGGAGACCUCAUGACUUACGCUAAUAAGGAGGUGCUACUCUCUGUGUUAGUGUUUUUCUCCCUUGGCUUGCUGCUGUCGUACAGGUACCGCUUCAGGGGGCCCAAGCAACAGCAGCAGCAGCGGAAGACCCACUUGGGAAUGCUCUCUGAUGUUCUCUCAGCUUUACCACUCAUUGGCUUCUUCUGGGCCAAACCCACCCCAGGAUCUCAACAAGUCGAACAACCCAAAUCCAGAAAGGGUAAAAGAGAAGUAAACUUCUCAGAUGUAUAUCUGACAGACACUGCUCCAAAUACAACACUAUCUCCCCAAUACGAUCCAGAAAUUAUCAUUGUGGGAUCAGGUGUCCUUGGUUCUUCCUUGGCCACGGUGCUCUCCAGGGAUGGAAGAAAGGUGACUGUGAUAGAGAGGGAUCUGAAAGAACCUGACAGGAUAGUUGGAGAAUUGUUGCAACCUGGAGGUUUUAAUGCGCUUAGAGACUUGGGUCUUGAAGACACAGUAGAAGGCAUUGAUUCACAAAUAGUAAAUGGGUACAUAAUUCAUGACAUAGAGAGCAAGUCGGAGGUUGAAAUUCCUUAUCCAACAUCUGAGGAUGGCCGUGUGGCGAGUGGAAGAUCUUUUCAUCAUGGCCAGUUCAUCAUGGGUCUCCGAAGGGCAGCUAUGGCAGAACCCAAUGCAAAAUUCAUUGAGGGGACUGUGUUACAAUUGCUUGAGGAAGAUGACUGUGUUGUGGGUGUUCAGUACAAGGACAAAGAAACUGGAAACACUAAGGAACUUCAUGCACCACUUACUGUUGUAGCUGAUGGACUCUUCUCCAAGUUUAGAAAAAACCUAGUCUCCAACAAAGUUACCGUUUCAUCCCAUUUUGUUGGUUGCAUUUUGAAGGGUGCACCACAGUUUAAAGCUAAUUAUGCUGAACUUGUUUUAGCUAAAACUAGUCCGGUGCUAAUCUAUCAGAUCUCUUCAACUGAGACUCGGGUCCUUGUUGAUAUUCGAGGAGAAAUGCCAAAAAAUUUAAAAGAAUACAUGAUUGAGAAUAUUCAUCCACAGCUACCUGAUCACUUAAAGGAACCAUUCUUAAUAGCAGUUCAGAAUGAUCGUUUAAGGACUAUGCCUGCCAGCUUCCUGCCUCCUUCAGCUGUUAACAAAAAAGGUGUUCUCCUUUUAGGAGAUGCAUAUAAUAUAAGACACCCUCUAACUGGUGGAGGAAUGAGUGUUAUUUUAAAUGAUGUUAAAAUAUGGAGAAGUUUGCUCCAGGAUAUUCCAGACCUUUAUGAAGAUUCUGACAUUCUUAAGGCAAAAAGAACAUUUUACUGGUCAAGAAAAAAAUCUCAUUCUUUUGUAGUAAAUGUUCUUGCCCAGGCACUUUAUGAACUCUUUGCUGCCACAGAUGAUUCCUUGCAUCAGCUAAAGAAAGCCUGUUUCCAUUACUUCAGACUUGGUGGAGAAUGCGUCUCAGGUCCUGUUGGAUUGCUAUCUGUGUUAUCUCCUAAACCAAUGGUACUGAUUGGCCACUUCUUUGCUGUGGCAUUAUACGCUGUUUAUUUUUGCUUUAAGUCAGAGUCAUGGAUCACCACACCUCGAGCAUUUUUCAGUAGCGGAGCUAUUCUUUACCGGAGUUGCUCUAUAAUAUUUCCACUUAUUUACUCUGAAAUGAAGUAUUUAGUCUAUUAAAAUCCAGGGGGAAAUGACUGGAGGAAGAAAACAUGAAAAUCAUGAUGCCUUCAAAAUCUUUGGACACAUACUAUUUAAUAUUGUAUUAUGUUUUCUUCUCUUCAAAAUGCAAUUUCCUUGAUAAGGAUUUGACUUAAUUUUGGUUUCGUGGUUAUAUACAUAUAUAUUAUAUGUAAAUAUUCUUUCCUUUGCAAUUAAAAUUCAAAAAGGAGUUAGCUGUUUACAAGGACCAUAAUUAAGUGUUGACAUGUGGUAGAUAAUUGCCAGUUUUGUCAGAAUUUCAUUCCUUGCUUUAUCCAUUGCCGAGUGCACCACUAAUAUUAAUAAACUGAAAAGUGAAAACUGUAAAGCAUAUGCUGCUAUUAUCAUUCAUGCUUUUUUCUGUUCUGUAGUUCCAUGGACUGUUUCUUUAUUACUGUGAAUAUUGUAAGAACAUUCUUGAUUUGGGUUAUUUCAUUAGGAUUUGCCUCUUCUUUUUCAGUUGCAGCUAAGAUACUAGUCUACUGACACUUAAAAGGACACUGUAAAGGAUUUCAGAUCUUGAAGUGUCACCGUAUCUUUAACUUCAGUCACUGUUGCAAGUGCCAUGUUGCUCUUCUGAAAUCCUUCUUUACACCAGAAUUAAUUUAAGCAAGUAAUAAUCAAACCAUAGUUAUGCUGGCUACCGCAUUGCACUCAGGUACUGAAAGCACAUGGUUUUGAAACUUUCUUCUUCUCUCACGUCCUUUUAAAAACUUAGGAUUCCUUGGUGUGUGUGCAAUUCAAGUUUAACACUGCCACCAACUGAAGCACAACAACAAACCACAUCCACUGAAACAAAUUCAGUCCAGCUAUUUCCAGUAGACAGUGAUCUUUAAUAUUACAUCUUAAAAUUCAUGACAACCACCAUGAAAGUGUCCUUUUAAUACUCUAUGUUUUUUUUUCUUGUAGAAAUUACUGCAUGCUACUAAAGGGUUCAUGUCUUUUACUGUUGGUCAAUUUUCCUCUCAAUGCUACAUUUAUCAAUAUGCUUUCCUUCAUUCUUAUGUAUUUUCAUUUUCCCUUACCUUUCUUAUGAUUGCUCUGUGUAUCGUUGUAUGGCUCUCGUAUUAUGGCUUGCCUGAACAAUCACACAUCAGAGCAGCCAGCAGUGUAGAGAGCAGUAAGAGAUUAAGUUUUUCUGUGCUGGCGAAACUUUGACUCUUAUCUUUUGAAAAUGACACAUUGCAUAAGCUGUACAUAAACAUACAUUUUAUGUUGGACUGUGAAAAAAAAAAAUCUGUGGAGAGGCUUUUUUAGUAUUUUAUUUUACGGAUAUUUCAAAUGACCUGUUCUUUUCCAGAAGCAAAAGUAUGUAUAUUUUUCUAACCAUAUCACUUUUGAUACCCUCUUGAAAUUUCACGCAUCAUGAAUCUGUCUGUGUUUAAACUUUAGGGUAAAGUACUAAUAUUUUCAAAUAUCAUUAUUUAUGGUAACUAAAUAAUGCCCCUUUAAGGGUAUACAAACUUUGCAGAAUUUAUACAAGCGUUUUCAAAAUUUGUGACAAUUUUGAAAAUAUUGAGUAAUUUUACAUUUUCUAUUUUUUUAAUAUUAUUUGCAAUCAGUCUCUUUAAAGUCAAGGAUAAACAGUCCUUAGCCAAAUACGCAUCCUCAGCUAACUUAAAUAAAAGGUUCUGAUAUC